AUGUCCGCGCUCACCGCAACAUGUCGACCUCUAGCUCCUGUGCCUUUUGCGGCGCGAGGGAUUCCUGGAGACACUCUGUCCUUGAGUGCUCAGUUGCAAGAUGCGUAUGGGCUCUGGAAGAUGGUUGCCCCUCGGGCAAAUGUGACAACACGUGCAAGACCCAAAGCGCCACCGGUGGGAUACGUCAAGAUCCAUGUAGAUGGUGCUGUUCUACGCAACCGGCGAGGUGCCGCGGCGGCUGUCUGCCGUGAUCAGUCAGCCAUAGCUGCAUCAGAGUCGAGGCUCGAGUCUCUGCUGAAUAUCCGCGAACCAUCCGAGCAAGUGGAUCACCAGAUGGGAAGACCACGGAAGACGAAGGCGAAGGCCGGCGGCGCCGAGGCCCCCUCCCCCGUCCUCUGCAUCGGUGAGGGUGCUGAUUUCAUCCUUCUGAACCCGAAUGAGGCUGAUAGCCUAAAAAAAUCUUUGCUCCAGGAAGUUCUGAGGCUUUAUAAGAAGGAACUUCCAACUAUGGACUAUGCUGCUGACACUGGGAGAAAAUCAGGAUUUCUCGAAAAAUGCAUAAUGAAUGGGAAGUACAAGACUCUAAUUCUGAGGUCUAGUUCACUUGAUGGGCCUGAAGAGAUCAUAGCUGCUGUAUCAUAUCAGAUAGUGCCAGCUGACACACAAUAUGCUGAAAUACCCCUGGCAGCCGUGACAUCGCCUUUUCAAUGUGUGGGUUUUGUGUCUGUUGGAGAGGUGGAUACUAAAGGUAAGAUUCGCAGAAUUCCAGUAAGGGCUGAUAUCAAGAGAGCAUUAUGCUUUCCAGGCAGUUCAACACUUAUGGUUACACAUAUUAAGAAGGAUUUGCCAACUGCGUCCAAAAAACCAUGCUUUGCAGAAUUGCAAACUUCUCAGCUCCAUGCCGUGGUACCAGAUAGCAUCUCUCCUGAUGAUAUGAAUACUGUCGUUCCCUCCUGUGAAAAGUUGUCUCCCCACACCACUGGAUGCUACAAAGUCAGCAAGACUGCAAAAGUGGUAAGAAAUGAAACUUCUGCUGGUAGUGAAGGAUGCUCAUUAUCUGAUCAACAACCAAAGAAACGGACAUAUGAAUCCUCAUCAUCUUCACUGAAGUCAAAAAGAGUAAGAUGCAGCGGUCACGCUGACCAUACACAAGACAUGAGGCAGAAUGAUAUCUGUGACAAAUCUCUGACCAUAAAUAGCACACCUUUGACUCCUAGUAUGGUAGUCCACGUUGACAACAAAAUAUCAGGAGAUGCUAAGGUCACUACCUGUUCCAAUGGAAGGCCUUCAGUUAUGCUCAUGAAUAUUGCAGAUGAAACAAAGAAGACGCGGCUUACAGAGGUAGUUGAAACGCUUGGGGGAGUUGUUACGUGCGAAGGAAGUUCAUGCACACAUGUCGUUACUGGAAAAGCUAGAAGGACUAUGAACUUUUGUAUUGCUUUGAGCUCUGGGGCCUGGAUAGUUUCUCCAAACUGGCUGAAACAGAGCUUCAAACAAGGGAAAUUUGUAGGUGAAGCAGAACAUGUUCUGGAUGAUGAAGAAUAUAAGAUGAAGUACAAGUCUGAAAUGAGAGAUGCAGUUAUGAGGGCUAAAGAGAGGCCUUGCUUGUUAUUUUCUGGCUACACUUUCUGUUUGACCAAGCACAUCGAACCGUCUCCUGGUGUCCUCUCUCCAGUUAUCAAAUCCUCUGGUGGCAAGAUCAUCAGUAAGCUUGAUGACAUAGAUGAGCCCUCAAAGACAAUCUUCUUGGCAUGUGAAGAAGGCAUGGAGCUUGCAAUGGAUGCAGCAAAAAGAGGCAUAAAGACAUUCAGCAGUGAGUGGCUCAUGACCUGUGUCAUGAAGCAAGAGGUUGAUCUUGAUGCGCCCCCGUUUGCAGAAUCUCUCUGA